UUCCGCAUUCCUGGCUAAACUGUCAGCGAAAGCACACGUUGAGGAGACAGCUAGCUAGCUAGCAACCUCCGAAAGGAACCAAAGACCAACCCCAAGAGAAUACGAGAACGCCAAAACAAGGAUGCCUUAUAUUCUCAUCAGCACUCAGAUCCGACUGGAGACUGGUCCUACCAUGGUCGGAGAUGAGUAUUCUGAUCCAGAAAUAAUGAACUAUCUGGGAGCCAGAAAGACAACAGUAUUGGGCAACAACUUUUCAGAGUACCAUGUGGAUGACCCACCUCGUAUGGUUCUGGACAAGCUGGAGAAGAUUGGGUUCCGUGUGGUAACCAUGACAGGGGUGGGGCAGACGCUGGUGUGGUGCCUACACAAGGAGACCCCGUGAUCUGAUCUAGGUCCGACAUUAACUCUGAGAAUGUCGCUCAGCAUGGAGCAUAAAGACUGAGGGAAGCCAGCCGAGCAUUAGCUCUGGGGCUCCAACUUCUGAACAUAUAUUGCUGUAUUAUAUUAAUGUAUUCAUCCUGCCAUUUCUCACUUCUUGGAUGAUCUUAGAACUGAAUGGAGGAACCCACGAUAUGGUACAUGAGCACUGUGUUUUUUACAGACUUACAGUUACAUGUGAAUAGAGACAAAGGUCAAAAGCCGCAUUCAGUAUUACCACACAAUCCAAAUUUUCCUGCUUCUCGGUUUUUAGGUGCAAAGUCUCUUCAUUGAAUAAAUUCCAGAUAGAA